AUGUUUUCAGCGUUGAACAGUUAUUUUAAGAAAGACAGCACAUGCAACCCCCCCACCACUGCUUCAGUGAACGAAUCUCUCACGGUGGAAGUCCUCUCUAUAAAAAACUAUAAGAAGGCUGCGAGAACAUUACAGAUUGCAUUUCAGGACGACCUGUAUGUGAAUUACCUUACUUCGGGGCUCUCCGACACAACCACCAAGGAACAGCUAGACUUGGCAUUGUUUGAGGCAACUGCAUAUUCGACAAUAAUGAAUGGUCUACUUGUGGCAGUCCGAGAUCGAGAAGCCGAAGAAAGUGAUCCACAGGCACCGUUUCUAGCUGUUGCAUGUUUCCAGAAACCUGAAAAGGACGAGAAAUCAAGCACGAGUCGAAGCUUGUUUUCACAUCUAUGGACUAUGUACCAAACCGGGUAUCUAAAAUUUGUCUAUUUGGCCAAUAAAGAAACAAGAAGAAGAGUCUUUGAUGAGCAAUGGAAACUGCUGGACCAGUUAAAGGAAGAAGUUUUAGGAGACCAACUUAAUAAAUCUUGGUAUUUAUCCGAUAUCGGUGCUAUUCCUAAAGGUCGGGGUAAAGGGCUAGCUAGGAAAUUAGUUGAAUUUGUAUGCCAUAAUUACAUAGACAGAUACAUUGUGGAGAAAGAUACAAAUGGUGAUGACGAUGACGACGAUGAAGAAAUCAUAAACAGUGGAGAUGAUCGAUAUAUUGGCUCAAGUGAUGAGAACUCAAGGCUCGACUCGGAGAUAAAUUCGUUUCAUUUUCAGUUUGAUUUGGAUUCCGACAAUAUCACUGAUUACUCAGGGUAUUCGUCGUUUUCCGAUACGGAAUCUGCACAUUCGUCUUGGUAUAAUAAGGAACACAGUAAUAGCAAUACAGAUAACGAAGACGGUGAUGAUGACAUAUUGUCCAAGUACGAUCGUCAACAAAGUAUGAAGUAUCGAAAUAGGCGUGGAGCUCCCUUAUAUCUAGAAUCUUCACACCCGCGUAACAGAAAGAUCUACCAGAAGUUGGGUUUUACUUAUGUGAAGACAGUUCCUGUUGCAGAGGUUCAGUUGGGAAAAGAAAAUAAAAAGGUAUUGACUAUGGAUCUAAUGGUCAGGGGUGUUAAAGGUACAAAAUGGAAGGUAGAAAACGUAUUCAAUUGA